AUGCGUCAGCACCGUGCCUACGCGCCCCAUUACUUUGACGAUGUAUUCGUGCAUAGUAGGGCGGAGGACGGUCUGAGCGCGAUAGAGUCGCACAAGCGUCAUUUAGACGCUGUGUUGCCGACUCUGGGUGACGCCCAAUUAUACGUUAACUUGCAAAAGUGCGUAAUAGAGGUCCCCGAGAUACCGGUGCUAGGCUGCAGCGUAGGUAUACAUGGUGUACGAGCAGACCCAGAAAAGGUAAAAGCUGUAAAGGAAUGGCCAGUCCCACGACAUGUGAAGGAUCUGCGCCAAUUCCUUGGGAUCGCUAAUUACUUGCAUAAGUACAGCAAGAAUUAUGCGGAGCAGACCAAGCCAUUGUCUAACCUUUUGAAAAAGGAUACAGAAUGGACUUGUUCAAAGGAACAAGAAGAUGUGUUCACUUCAGUGAAGCAAUCUCUUGUAGAGGCACCGAUUUUGGCAUUGCCAGACGCGGAUAAGUCCUUUAUCGUCGUCUGCGAUGCAAGCAAUUUUGCAAUCGGCAGCGCGCUCAUGCAGAAGGAUGACAACGGCAUUGAACGUGUCAUUUCUUAUCAGUCUCGGCUUUUAAAAGCUGCAGAGCUGAAUUACCCUGUGCAUGAGAAGGAGCUACUUUCAAUUAAGUAUGCCCUUGUAAAGUUUCGGGUGCACCUCUUGGGCACCGGACCAUUUGUGGUUUAUACGGAUCAUAUAUCACUGCGGACCUCCAUAAAUUCACCGCAUGUAUCGUCUAGAAUGGCGAGAUGGCUGACAUUCUUCUCUGAAUUUAAUUUCAAAGUUGAAUAUAAGCCGGGUAAGUCGAAUGUCUUGGCUGACGCAUUAUCGCACAGACCAGACUUCGAGGCAAGACACCAGGAAAGUGUGUCUCGUGCGAAAGCACAAGUUGAGUCGUCAACAUUGGCAGCCAUGAAGGCCUACCAUGUGACGAGUUCAAUGGCCUCCGAUAUCUGGCGACAAGGUUCGUCCUGA